UCUGCCCACCUCAGCCUCCCAAAGUGCUGGGAUUACAGACGUGAGCCACUGCGCCUGGCCCAUGUGAGUUACUUUUAACCCUGCCUCUAUGCACCUACAAAGAGGUGGCCCAGGGGAUACCUAUGCUGGGUCCAAGAGGGCACUGGGAGGAGAGGGAGACUUGCAGAAGAGAAGAGGAGGCCCCUGGGAAACUACAGGGAGUAAGGAGAAUGCAGGAACCAGGAGAGGCACUGAGCAUGAAUGCAAGCCUUUUGGUUGUCCCAUUGCUGGAAGUUUCCUCCAGCCUCAGGUCUCAACAAGGAAGAGACAUCUCAGAGUUCUCGGCUGACUCUCUGUGUCUCUCCAUCUCUGCCAUUUUUCUUUCAUACACUUUACAAACAUCUCCUCUCCUCCAAAACCCUUCCGGGGCAAUUAGGCAAUUCCUAGGGUGUGGGAAUUCUACACGUUCCAUUCACAUCAGCAGUUCUUAAGCCUUUUGUGGGUUGAGGGAAGGAUGCAGAAACCACAACCUUUUUUUGACAAUUAAUGAAAGCUGUGGGCCCUCUUCAAAGAAACGAGUCCACAUGCUCAACGUGGGAAACUUAAUUUCAUGUAGUUCAUGGGCAUGCAGAUUUUAAAUCCUUGACCUUGAAGGAAAUCCAAGAUUUUAAAGAUGAAAAAGCAAGGCCUCUGGACAUGCCCUGAGGGGCUUUGGGUUUUCCUUUCUAAAUUAUUCUGACCAAUGGGACAUUCCAACUACUCUGUGUGAUCAACUGUAAUAAAUAACAUUUCUGUCAACCCACCACAGCCCAGUGUACACUUGUGCAACCUCACUGAAACUCUAGGAAGGAGGCACUAGCGUUAGCCCCACUUUAUGGAUGGGGAAACUGAGGCACAGAGAGGCAAAGUGACUUGCCCAAAACCACACAACCAAGAAGUAGCAGAGCAGGAAUUUGUUAUGGGUGUUAGGCUCCAGGGUCUAUUAUUCUUGUGCCUUUCACUGUUUGCUACACUGCAUCAUGACCUUUAUUUCUCUGUACACUGAAGUCACAGAUAUCUGCCUUUCUCCCCAAAUGCAGGUGUCAGACCCCACCCAGUGGUGUGCUGCAAUCAGCUCCUACUGGCUCCCAACAGCUAUCUGUGCACAUUUUUCCCAACUCCUCACUCAAUGAUGUUUAUGUUAGUAGCUUGAAAUCAGCCAUGGUAGGAGUAUUUACACCACAGCAAUGGGCAAGUGCUAUAAAUGAAAGUUUUCCCAACACCAAAGAGCUGUUUGUUCACCAUUUACCAGCUCACCACUGGCCCUACCUGUUCUAGUCCAAAUGACUGCAACCUGCAGAUCCAGCUGUCCAGGCCCCGAAUCAUGGCCCCUCCCUGCCAGUGAGGAGGACUUGGACAUGGUCUGCUGUCCCCAGGAUUAGUGUGUGGUAUAUUUAGGGUGAGUGUAAUCUUUCUCUCUGACGCCACUGUAUGUGGGACACUUCCAACUGCCCUCAGUACCUCUCCUCUGCUGGAAACCAAGCCGGCUCAUGUGGGGUCCUGGACCCCUUCUCCCACAUAGAUCCAGAUCCUUUACACCAGAGGAAACUGAGCACUGUGGGAUGAUUCUGGCAGCCCAUCUGAUGCAGAGAGCCCUUGACUGCCUGGAAGCCCCUGAAGUCUGCCAUCUCUUACCCCUGACAUUGUACCCUUGGCUAUAGGCACCUGCCAGCAGAUAUGGUUUAACCCAGCCACUUUGGGGUUAGCAAACAGCCAGCCCCUCACCCUCACCCCACUGGACACCAGCCCUGCUCCCUCUCCUCCACCUUCUGGGGGCACCCAGCAAAACCCAGCUCUAACUCAACUCAGUUGUGACAAGGCACAUCCUCUGACCCUUGUCAUAGGGAAACCUCCAUCUGACAGCAAGGAUUCCAGUGGACCAGGCCUAGUGUGAAACAUGUCCUGAUCCACUCUUACCAGACAGAGUAUCAGGAAAGAAAUUGGAAUUAUGAUUAUCGAUACCAUUUAGUGAGCACUUUAUUUGUGCCAAAUACUAUAUGUAGUGCUUUCUCUACAUUAUCUUUUUAUGUCCUCACAAGACCUCUAGGAGAUAAGUAGCUACAGUAACCUCAUGUUACAAAAGAGAAAACUGAGUCUCAGAGAAGUUAAGCAAUAUGCCUGAAGUCCCACAGCUAAAAUGUGGUGGGGCUGAAAUUCAAAGCUGAGUCUGUCUCAUUCUAAAGCCCUUGCCAAUAAAACCUGUGCAGUUCCACUCACAGAUUCUGCACUCAGAGCAAACAGAAUGUUCACAGCUGCUCCUUCCCCAGGCCCCAGGGAAGUGUGAGGAGGGCAGCACCCCUCAGUUACUCCGGGAUUCUCUGGGGAAGCCCUCAAGGCCAGAGGGAAGACAACUCUGAUCACCUGUGGCAAGAACAGUGCCCAGACAGAGUUGUGAGCCUCCAGCCAUGGAAAGUGAGUGUUCACUGGCAAGCACAUAUUGAGCACCUACUGCAUACACAGCAUUAUCUUAGGCGUGGAGGCAAUGGGAAGAUGACCGGGACAUGGUCUCUGCCCUCAAAUAACUUACUGUCCAGUCUAGUGGGUCAUAGAGACAAUUGUUGCCAUAAGGCGGGCUGUGGUGAGGGAUAUAAUCAGUGGAGGCCCAGGAUGAACUCCAAUAGGAACAAGUGAAAGUCAUCAGGGAGGAGAUAGCACUUGAUCUGGGCUUGGAUGAUGAGUAGGCAUUUGAUGGCUAGAAAAUGGCAGAUUUGGGGAUCCAGGAGGAAGGACCAGCAGGAUCAAAGGGAUGGAAGCAGGAAAGAUGGUGUCUUGUUCUUCAAUAAGCAAUAGGGAGCCAUUGGAGGUCUUUGAGCAGAGGAAGAACAUUAUGGGAUGGAACAAUGAGAGACUGGAUAUAAAGAAACCAAUGUGGAGGUCUUGUAGUUAAGAGGGAGAAAGUGAGAGCUGGAAGCAAGGGAGAAGCUGCAGGACAGGCGCAGCAAGGACAGUUCCAGGGGGCAGUGAGAAGGUAGAAUGAAUGGACUGUACCUGGUGAAUGGCUGAACUGGAAUGGACAGCAGGAGGAUGAAGAAGAUCCUGAGGUCUUUAGACUCAGGUAUUGGGCUAUGCAAUGGUAAAACAAAUACAGGGACUUAAAUCAGAAAGAAGUUUCUCUCUCAGGUAAUGGUCUCCGUGGCUACUUUGCUUCAUGAUGUCAUUCAGGGGCCCAGGUUCUUCCCAUCUUGGAGCUCCUUUGUCCCCUAGGAUGUUGUGCUUAUUCUUGUGAUCAAAUCUGGGUGUAUUGCAGUCACAGAAGGGUAGAGGGAGGAAGAAGUGCACAGUGUCCUUUCAAACAGGUGAGAAAGAAGUUGCUUAUAGUCACGUGGCUACACCCAGCUUCAAGAGAGGUUGUGAAAUGUAGUUCUGGCUUCAUCUCCAGUCUCUCAUUGUUCCAUGUACCAGGGAAAAUGGGGGAAUGGAUGAAGUAGAACCCAUGCGUGGGUACUUGGAAGAAAUUCUAGAGGGAGAGCAGGCUUUGGCAGGGAGGUAGAGUUUUAUAUGGCUUGAGUUUCUGAUGCCGCAUCGGGUCAGGGCUGGAGCUGUAAAUUUGUGAAUUGUAUACAGAGAAGAGAAAGCUGAAACCUGGGUGAGUGAUGUGUACCCAAGGAGGAAAAAACAGAAGAAGAAAGCUAAAGUAAGGGUGGAGGCUGAAACUCAUGAGGAAGGCUUAUGAAGAGCAGUCAUUCUGCCAGUUGUAUUUUCCAAUCGUUGGUGCCACCAAUAUAUCCCAUAUACUCUUCUCACACUAUGGAGCUGACACUCCUUCCUCGACAGAUGGGGUCUAUGUUCCCUCCCCAUGAAUCUGGGAAGGUGGGCAGGCCUGUGGUUGGAGUGGAAGUGAUGCUAUGGGACUUGCAAGGCUAAAUUGUAACCAGUAAAACAGCUUCCUCUGGACAUACGCACCCCUGGGACCCAGUCAUCAUGCUGUGAGGAAGCCGUGCAGCCACAGGACAGGCCACAUGGGAGUGUUCUGGCCAACAGCCCCAGCUGAAGCCCAAGCCAACAGCAGUGUCAACUGCCAGCCACGUGAGUGAACGAGGUUCAGACAACUCCUGGCCCAGUCUUUGGGCUGCCCCAGCUGACCAAAAUGGAGUGGAGCAAGAUGAGCCCUCCCCACUAAGCCUCACCCAAAUUGCCAAUUUGUGAAUAAAAUAAAAGUUGGACUUGGUCUUAAGCCCCUUGAUUUGAGACUCUUUUUCUUGUAGCAGUAGAUAACUGAGACAGGCCAGAAUCCCUUUUCCCAUCCCAAGAGAAUGCUCCCAGCCAUACAGAAGAGGGGUGACCUAGGUGAUCGUCCUGUGUGUCUCCUGAUUGGCCUUUCUCCAGCCAUAGCAAGUCCCUCUAUCCACGUUUCUGGUUCUCAGCUCACUGCCUUGCCUCUGGGUCCCUAAGAUGGCCACCUCUUUAUCCCUCCCCUAGGCUCUGCCUUUGGCUUGGCCCCAUAGGGAACCCCCUCAAAAGGACAUUCCCAGCUCCCCGUCCCUCAUCUAUCUCCAUCUCGAGAGGGGUGGUCUGGCAGAGAACUGGGAGGAUAGAAUAGGGUCUUAGCACCAAGGACAGAAAGGUGUCCGAGUUCCCUUUGAGUAUCGUGUGAGGAAAAACAUCAGACUUGGAGAGGCAGAGGGAUGAAGGUCAGCGAGGAAGACUCUGAGACCAACGGGCAGCCCCAGGGGGCUGGGGACAGGGAGGUGGCCAGAGGUAUCGUGUCCUGUGGGGACAAGAGACCUCAGAGGAAAACUGGCUCAAGAGGGAAUGUGGCCCCAGUGUAGGGACUCAGGAUUCCUCAAACUCAGCAUGCCCCCAACCAGGUGGGGGCUUUGGGGAGGUGUGCAGGGCUCCAUUGCCAGCGCAUCAUUUGGGUGCUGGGCCGCAGGGCUGUGUCCCUGCUAGGGGCCUGGCUGGGUAGCUACCCAGCUAGGGGCCAGGAGCGAGGAUGUGGCAAGGGAGGUGUGUCCAUGUGGCACUUGUCUUGAUGUAAGAGUGCUACUUGACCUAUCUCUGAAUGUGGCAUGGGGCUAUCUGUGGGGGCCUGGCUGUGAUGGGAGAGAAACUUACUUUUGGACAAGCCCAAGUGACACUAUAUGUGUGUACGAGUGUGUGCUUCUGCCUGUGUGAGUCCAUAUGGGAAGGUGUGUAUGAGUGUGCGUGUCUGUGUUUGUGAAUUUGUAUGCAAUCAUAUAUGUGAGUUCAUGGGUUUAUGUGUGUUGUGUGAGUCUGUGUGUGCAUGUGUGAGAUUAUCAGUGUGUGUAUGUGCAUGUGUGUGUGUCUGUCUGCACCAUCACCAGGAGGGAGGGAGACAGAGGGGCUGGAAUCCAGGGCCCUCAAUGUUCUCAGACAGGUACACCCAUGACACAGAGCAGACCGUGUCCCCUGCCCCACAUCUCCCAGGACCUGAGCUGAGGUCUGCCUUGGGAGCAAGUCCCACAGGCCUUGCAGUCCCCACAGGAACCAGACUGGUCCUAAACUUCCAUCACAGCUUCAGAGCACCUCCUCCUGGAGGCUUUCAGGUCACCUAAUCACCUUUGAAGAACGGACUGAUGACUACACACCCUGAGAGUUCAGCACAAGGACUAGUGCCUGCCAGGGCAAGGGUCUGGCCAUUGAUCAAAUAGCUGGCAUGCUGAUUGACCAAUAGAUCAAUUAAACAGCUAACAGAUUGCCAGACUAAUGACUGAUGGACACAGACUGGCAGCCCCCCGAUUGAGGACAGGGUUUGUACCUGGUGUCUCUUUAUCCCCACUAACUUAGCUGGCUCAUUCAUGUUCAGUGAAUGGCUGAUUGAUGAACAGAUAGCAAAUAAAAUGGCGGAGUGAGAAGUAUCUGAGCACCUGGCCAAGGGCCCAGGGAUGUGAGUCGUUAGUUGAUUUAACUACUGAAGAGCUGAUUGAGUGACUAAGUGACGAGGAGACUGAGUGGCUGAGUCACAAAAUGACUCUGAGAUUGCCUGGGUGAGGGUAUGACUGGGCGGCCCACAGAGCUCAGGAAAUGCUGGGGUCUGAGGGGCAGAGAUUGCAGUCAUCAAUACAUGCUCAGGUGGGAUGACCUCUGCCCUGGGAGACCCUGGAGGUCUGAAAACGCCAGAAAAGAAAGCAGAAGUUGGGGAAAGCUCAGGCAAGAGGAGCUGGAACCUUAGAGGAAGAGGAUUGGACCUGUGGCAGACAUCAGGAGGAAUGGGGGCUGAGGAGCACCCUAGAAUAGAGCUUGCUGCUCAGAGAGUUCUGGUUUUACCCCAGCCCUAAAUGGAUGGGUGCUCUGUCAAGAAGUUGCAAGGUGUGUGCUGGGAUGGGGAAGAAUCCAUUCGAGAAAAAUCGUGAGGACUCAUGUGUAAAAGUCCAACCUUCUCCCAGGUUACAUGAUGAGGACCAUGGGCCCUUGGGACUUCCAACGCAGUGUCAUGACAUCAAGAGCAAGUCAAGAGCUGCAGCCACAGCUGAGCCUUCAACCAGAGAAUCCAGAACAGUGUGUUAGGAAGCUUAGGGGAAGAAAGGCAGAUAUCAGGAAAGAAGGAUGCAGGCUAAACAGUGCUAGUCCUGAAUUGCCCUGGAAGAGAGAGAUCAUGCAUCCCUAGAACAUGAGGUCAGAGGAGGAAGUAAACUGGACCAGCAGCACCAGCUCUCAGAGAAAGAAGAGGCUCCAUAGGCAGUUCUUACCAAGAGGAUGUCGAUUCCAUUCUCCAACACCCACUACUGAAUUCUGCAAGGAUUUGGAAGUCUUCUUGAAGGGCUGAACGAGAUUCUGAUAAAGCAACUGGAUAAUACAGCUUUUGCAGCAGCGUAUUUUGAGAGCUUUCUAGAGAAAAGAGAGAAAACCACUUUUGAUCCAGCAGAAUGGGGGACUCAGGUAGAAGACCGCUUCUAGAACAGCCACGCAUUCGAGGAGCAAGAACCACCUGAGAAAUGUGAUCCUAAACAAGAAAACUCCCCGAUAUCUGGGAAGGAGGAAGAGACACCAGUCACCAUCUUAGACUCUUCUGAGGAAGAUAAGGAAAAAGAAGUAGUUGCUGCUCUCAAAAUCCAAACUGCCUUCUGGGGACACAUAGCCAGAGAGGAAGUAAGGAGAAUGGAAACAGUCUCCAACUUGAGGAAAUAGAGGACAAUAAGUGAGGACACUGGUUUCACCUCCAGGAAACAUGAAAAAUAAUCCAGAUCCAUCAGCCUUGUUGUUGUUUUCAUUUUUUCCUUAGUAAGGAAGAUUUGAUGUUGUGAAAUAACAUUUGUUGCUGUUGUGAA